AUGACAGGUUGUAGACCUGUUGACACUCCUAUGGAUCCAACCAAAUCUAAACUUCUAUCAGGACAGGGGGAGCCGCUUAGUGAUCCUGCAAGAUAUAAGCGGCUGGGUUGUAAAUUAAAUUACCUCACAGUAACCAGACAUGACAUUUCCUUUUUGGUGAGUGUUGUGAGUCAGUUUAUGGAUUCUCCCAAUGAUAGUCAUCGAGAUGCAGUUGUCCACAUUGUUCGGUAUAUAAAAUCAGCUCCAGGCAAAGGAUUAUUGUUUGAGGACGAGGCCAUGAGCAGAUCUUUGGAUACUCAGAUGCUGAUUGGGCAAGAUCACCUUCUAAUAGACGUUCUAUGUUUGGAUAUUGUGUUUUAG